GGGGGAAAUCUCCCUGGGUUUGAGGACAGAUAAGUCAGGUUGCUUCCUGCACUCUGGAUCACAAAGCUGCAAGAGAGUGUUGGUGGCAUAGGCAAAAAAAGCCAGCGAGGCAGAGAACUGUGCAUCACAGGCAGUGUGCAACUUCACUCGAAGCACGUGUGUGUGUGUGUGUGUGUAUCCCUCAGGCAGCAACGGAGGACCAUGGCAUUUGCAGGGAUGCUGAGCGACGAGGGCAUCAAGGCUGCGGUCCAGGCUUGUCAAGCUCCGGGCACGUUUGACUUCAAGUCAUUCUUUGCUCAAGUGGGACUGACCGGCUCUUCCGAGGCUGAUGGAAAAAAAGUGUUCACAGUCCUGGAUCAAGACAAGAGUGGAUACAUUGAGGAGGAGGAGCUGAAGCGGUUCCUUCAGAAUUUCUCUCCCGGAGCUCGAGAGCUGACUGUGGCGGAGGCCAAGGCCCUGAUGGCUGCCGGAGACAAGGACGGCGAUGGCAAGAUAGGGAUGGAAGAGUUCUGUAAUCUUCUGAAUUAAAGAGCACACACACAGACGACCACGCCAUUUCUUUCCCUCGUUUAAAAACCGGGUUUUCAACGGAAAUCCAGCGAUUUUCCAGAUUGUUUGAUGCAAUAACCAGAAACCUCAGACUUAUACCUGCCUGCUGCUCUCCUUGAUAAUGAUACAAUGUGUUUUGUGACGGACAGAUAGAUACAGUUGGAUAUUAGUUGUGUGUUUAAUCGAUCGGGUCCCUGGAAAGAAUUAAUAAACUGACUUCAGAUGUGA